AUGAAGCCAAUUAUUGUAGCUCUUACUUGCCUCGCUGCCACAGUGGCUGCGCAGUCAUCGCCACCAUGGUAUGAUGUGCAGUCUAGUGCCUUCCGCCUCAUCCUCAAGUCUGACAACGACACAUAUGACGGACAUGCACUCGGAGCUUGUCACCAGGGCGCCGCCGUUGAAGGUCUCUGUCUUACCGGCGAUACCAUUGAUGACCCAGCAGUCUCGUACACUACUUUCUACCACAACGUCAGCUCUUCGGAGAACGCAACCGUCAACGCCAACGACACUCUUGGCGUACUCAACUACAUCCUUACCAUCGGAGGUGGCAUCAACGUGCCUUCUGCAAUGAAAUUUUCCCAGUCUCCGGGGUCCAACAUCGCAGAUCCUAUAUUCUCUCCCGGUUGGGACGAUUUCACGCCCAUUGCCUUCGAUGAGGAGUGCGGCAGCGCAUAUAUUCCUAUCUACCAGGACGACACAGUGUCUCCCCCAAGCUACUAUAACCCGACUUUGAAGCUCAAAAAUUGGUACAUCUGCUUGACGAGGUUCUCGUAUCUGUAUACCACGCUAGUUUACAAAUUUGGUGUCACAGGUGAGCCGCAGAAUCCAACUUGUGUGGCAGUGGAAGUUGUGAGAGUCUGGGUGUGAGGUUAUGCCUGUUGAGAAAGUAGCGUGAGGGAGAUGAGCGGAACUGUGUCACUGUAAAUGAAGUGUGUGAUGCUAUGGAUUUUGAAUGGAAAGGUCGCUAAGUUGCGUAUUAUAUUGAGCGGAUCGAUAAUCUAUACAGCUCCGGUCCUUAGUGCACUCAUUCCACUUGCCAUCGCAGGAAUAAUGUGAUUUGCAACCGGUGAACUCGCGUAAUUCGUAAACAAAAACACAUACCGCACC